AUGGCGCGGCACCAUGCUGGGACCCCUCUCCAUGUUAGGGAGGACUCUGGUUUUGGUGCGAUUCAUAUUGAGGAUAUAGCCGCGCCGGCUACCAGGACUCAAAAAUACCAACCUUCCAGGGGACAGGAGCCGCCGCCAAGGACCGAUAGCGAAUAUGGCGUUGACCACAAGAUCGCUAUUGAGACCGGGAGUGACUCGGACGUUAUCGUGGAACAGGAUGCCCGGCCCACGCUCCUCUGGAGCCGGAUCAGGCGCAUCCACAAGGAAGCCUUCUCAGAGUUCCUCGGCACCUUUGUUCUGAUUCUCUUCGGCGACGGCGUUGUAGCCCAGGUGGUCCUCUCUGAGGCCGAGAAGGGGGACUACCAGUCCAUCUCUUGGGGCUGGGGACUCGGCGUGAUGCUCGGCGUAUAUUGCUCAGGCUACUCGGGCGGGCACAUCAACCCGGCCGUGACCUUCGCCAACUGCGUCUUCCGCAAGUUCCCGUGGCGCAAGUUCCCCGUCUACACGGCGGCGCAGGUGCUCGGGGCCAUGUGCGCGUCGGCCGUGGUGUACGGCAACUACAACUCGGCCAUCGACAACUUCGAGGGCUACGGGGUGCGCACGGUGCCGGGCUACUCCAACACGUCCAGCGCCGGCAUCUUCUGCACCUACCCGGCCGAGUUCAUGACCCGCACCGGCAUGUUCUUCUCCGAGUUCGUCGCGUCCACCGUCCUGAUGCUGGUCAUCUUCGCGCUCAAGGACGACGACAACAUCGGCGCCGGCCCGCUGACGCCCCUGGCCCUGUUCUUCUUGAUAUUCGGCAUCGGUGCUUGCUUUGGUUGGGAAACCGGCUACGCCAUCAACCUCGCUCGUGACUUCGGUCCGCGCCUGAUGUCGUACAUGCUCGGCUACGGGCCCAACGUGUGGAGAGCAGGGAACUAUUAUUUCUGGAUCCCGAUGGUCGCUCCCUUCUUUGGCACCACCUUCGGCGGCUUCCUUUACGACCUCCUCCUUAACGAUGGCGACAGCCCCGUCAAUACGCCUUGGAUCGGCUUGAAGCGCCUCGUGCCUGGAACGGCUGCGCGGAGUCGCCGGGGUAGCGAGAACCCGGUGUAA